UUUUGGAGGCACCGUUGCCAAGCCUGGCGUGCGGGAACUCUCCAACGGGUCAUCUGUACAGGAAAACGGGGCGAUCUGCACGGUGUUGGGGCUGUAUGGAGACAAAAAGGAAACAGAAAGAAGAAUGGUAGCUGGUGACAUGAGGGUGCUGUUAAUUGUAGCUGUAUUCCUGGCACCUGUCAGGGCUGCCUCAGAGAAGUUGCCAUGGGAUGUGCUCAUCUUCAGCCAACAGUGGCCCAUCACCAGCUGCAUCAGUCACAAGCAGCAUGACCCUGGUGCCUCAUGCAACCUCUUUCCCAACAUGACCACCUGGACUGUUCAUGGUAUCUGGCCAACAAAACUUGGGACCCGGGGUCCCAAUUUCUGCAACAGUUCAUGGCACUUUCAAGAAAAGGAAAUUAUUGACAUAGAAGACUACUUGAUCAAAUAUUGGGGCAACAUAUAUGCAGAGGACCCUCGCACCUCGCUGUGGAACCACGAGUGGCUGAAGCACGGCACAUGCGCUGCCUUGCUGCCUCAGCUAGAUAGUGAGAGAAAGUACUUUGGAAAAGGGCUGGAGUGGGUGAUGCAGUACGAUAUUCUUGCUGUCCUCACUAAGAGCAACAUCUUGCCAUCUGAUGUGAUGACUUAUGACGUCAAGAGCAUCUUUCAAGCUGUGAACAAUGCAUUUGGGGUCGAUCCUGCCAUCGACUGUAUUUAUGAUAAAAAAACAAGGGAACACAUACUCUCUCAAAUAAAGCUGUGCUUCAACCCUGCACUGAAGCUGGUUGACUGUGAUGGAAUUGUUGGCCUCCACACUCAGAUAUUGGGCAACUGUCCCAUCGAAGGAAUCACCUACGCAAAUACUGUAAGGAAUGCUGGCAAGACCUACAAGUACCCCAAGGAGCUUGCUGUGGCUCACACCCGUGCAUGGGAAGCGGCCAAGUCUCGGUGCUCAUCCUGGGUUUGUCGCGCACUGGUUUAUAUCUAUAUCCUUACGUGGAUAACUCUCUAGAUCAGAGGUUCUCAAUCUUUUUUCAGUGAUGGCACCCUGAACUUAAACCCUUUUGUGGCAUCCCUUCCCCCCCCCCCCCUCCUCACAUGAAUUAACUUCUUAUUCAUAAUUGUACCUGUUUAAAUUACUUUAAUUAAUGAAUUAAAAUUAUUAUCCAUACUCAAACCAAAAUUAACAUACAGUACAGUACAUGCCCAAACAGAACUCAUCAGUCGAAUUAGAUUAACUUAAGAGUUAUAAAUGCAGCCUAACAUAAAAAGAAGAAGAAAUUCAAAAUUCAUGAUGAUCUUGUGGCACCCCUAGGAACUGUCCGCGGCACCCAGUUUGAGAACCUCUGCUCUAGAUGGUCAGUGGAAUAAAAUCAACCCUUCCAGAUAAUUUGUGAUAAUGUAUGUUUCUUAAUAUUUGUGGGAAUUUUACAAUUUAUGAUAUUAGUGAGAUUUGUCUCAUGCCAGGCUUGCUUGCCUUGAUUUUACAUAAGUUAAAUGUAAUACUUUCAAAACUUGAGGAAGUCAUAGGUAAUGACUUUAAUUCUUGUAUAUUUAUCUAUAGUUUCAGUGUUAUAUAAUCAACAAUGUUCCUGCUAUUUCAUAUUUGUUUUAUGGCUUCAACUGUACUUAAGUAUUAGGAAGCAAAUAUAUCUUUAAAGAUCACUAA